AUGAGUCUAUUAGAGGAUUUCAUUUUUGCGUCCGACCAACUGGUCGAGUUUCAUGCGGCCUUUAAGGCCAAACCAAGUGCCACUCAUACGGUUUUCUUGUUGGAAGCGUAUAGGAAUGAACUGCAAGAUUUAUGGCGUGAUUGCAAAACAACGUAUAGUCAAUGCAUUAAAAGCCCCGAUGAUGAGGAAUUAAAAGAUUCUUUAAGUGAGGUUAAAGCCAAAUAUCAAAGUUCUUCUUCAACGUACUUUCAAUGUACAAGCUUAAUUUCUGAAUUUUUAAUUACGUUAAAACCAAAUCUUUCAGAUUCGAUUAAGGAUUCGAAGGAGAAAUCCUUAAACGUAUCAGAAAAUGAACAAAAUUUACAUAAUAUUAAAGUUCCCGCUUGCGAUACUCAAGAGUUUCAUGGCAAUUAUUUACAGUGGCCAUCCUUUCGGGAUAUGUUCACGGCCGUGUACAUAAACCAUUCCAGAUUGAGUGACGUACAAAAGCUUUUUCAUUUACGGGCUAAGACAAAGGACCAAGCCUUUAAUAUAGUGAACAAAUUUGGCUUAACUGAUAAUAAUUUUAAACUUGCGUGGAACGCUCUUAAGGAUCAAUACGAAAAUAAACGGAUUUUGGUGAACAACCAAAUCCAAAUUCUAUUGAAUCAACAAAUCAUUGUCGUCGAAUCAGGAAAAGAAAUUAAAUCUUUGCAAAGCAACAUUAAUGAUGCAUUAAUUGCACUCAAGUCCUACGAUAUAGAUACCAAUGCCUGGAAUGCUAUUAUCAUUUAUCUUUGUGCUUCUCGGCUUCCAGAAACUACUCUGAAUCUUUGGGAAAGUUCAUUGAAAAAUCCCACCGAUAUACCAUCAUGGGAUCAAAUGAAUGAGUUUUUAUCAAAUCGAUAUCGAAUUCUCGAAAGUGUCGCAGAAAUGAAACAAAACACUACAAACAAAUCACAAGUUAUUAAGUCCACCCCAAGCCAAAAUUUUAAAUCCAAACCAGUUCGUAAUUUUCAUAUGAAAAUAAUUCCCGCCUGUCAAGUAUGUAGUGAACAACAUCCACUACGACUUUGUCCUACAUUUUUAAAAAUGUCUGUUGAUGACAGACAAAAAACAGUUCGCAAACACAAAUUUUGUUUCAACUGCCUUGCCUUAACGCACAAUGCACACCAAUGUCAAAGCACAAGUACUUGCCUUCGUUGCAAGGGCAAACAUCAUACUUUGCUACAUUUUGAACGAAAUGUGUCUAAACCCAAUCCUUCGCUAAAUCAAACAACUUUAUCAUCUCCGACCGUUGAACCUUCAUCUCAAGUCACCACCUCUUCUUCAUCUCAUGUCGCAUCUUCACCUCCAAACAUAUCUUCAUCUCAAAAAGGUAAUCAUGUAAUACAGUCCACUCCUAUCACUAAUCAUAAUGUUAUGUUUUCAAAAAGUUAUCGCCAAGUGUUACUGGCAACGGCAUUGGUUAAGAUUAGAUAUCAAGGAACUGAUUUUGACCUUCGAGCCUUAAUUGAUCAAGGUUCCGAAGUUUCCUUUAUAUCUGAAAAAUUUCAAAAAUGUAUAGGUCUGCCAACUUCAGUUACCCAAGCCCGGAUAUGUGGGAUGGGCUCAACAGAAACUGCUACCUCAUCCAAACUUUGCACUUUUACAUUGUGUUCAAACAAUUUGAAAGAAUUUAAGAUUCAUGCCGAAGCUUUAGUCCUUAAUAAAUUGACAUGCAAUUUACCAGCCGUAUCACUGGAUUUGGGACAAACUAAUUGUGAGUUUGACUUCCCCUUAGCUGAUCCUCUUUUUUAUCAAAGCUCGUCCAUAGACAUGCUCAUCGGAGCCGAUCUUUACCCACAUAUAAUUCUAGAAGGCAUCAAACCUAAUGUUCUGAGUAGUAUUAUGGCCCAGAACACCGUAUUCGGUUGGGUACUACUUGGAGCUUAUACCAAUAUCCCAGUCGUUUCAACAUUUUCUACUUUUGUGACGCAGUGCAACGAGUUAUCAGCAGAUCAAGCCAUUGAAAGGUUUUGGAAACUUGAGGAAUUACCUCAAACUCCUAUGCUCACUUUAUCAGAGCAAUUUUGUGAAGAUUUGUAUCACAACACUACUGUUCGAGAUUCAGUAACUGGUCGAUAUGUUGUUAAGCUUCCAUUUAAAAAUUCGCUUGAUGAGUCCCAAUUGGGCCAUUCACGUUUUAACGCCAUGAAACAAUUCCUUCGUAAUGAAAAAUCAUUAAUGUCCAAACCUGGUCUUCAGGAAGAAUAUCAAAAAGUUCUUUCAGAAUAUGUGGAGUUAGGACAUAUGACACCUACCCCUUCCCAUGAAAUAUAUAACAAACAGACUGUUAAAUCAUAUUAUCUACCACACCAUGCAGUUUUAAAACCGCAAAGCACUACUACUAAAUUGCGUGUAGUAUUUAAUGCAUCCAGUAACUCCUCGAACGGUAAAAGCCUCAACGAUCUUUUACAUACGGGUCCUGUUCUCCAAAAUGAUAUCACUUUCCUCAUCCUGAAUUGGCGUUUUUACAAAUAUGUUUUUAAUGGCGAUAUAGAGAAGAUGUAUCGGCAAAUAGCUAUCCAUCCUGACCACUCACAGUAUCAGCGCAUUCUGUUCCGUCCUAGUCCAAGUCAACCCAUCUUGGACUAUACACUUAAUACUGUAACUUUUGGCGUCAAUUGUGCUCCAUAUUUGGCUAUACGCACUCUUCAUCAAUUAGCUUCCGAUGUUCAAACGGUUUAUCCACUUGCUUCAAGAAUCUUGAAAAAAGAAUUUUACGUUGAUGAUGUCCUUUCAGGUGGCCAUGACAUUUAUUCGGGCCGCCGAUCCCAAAUUGAACUUAUAAAAGCUCUUAACUCUGCUGGAUUUCAUUUAAGAAAGUGGACAGCCAACCAUCCUGAUCUUUUAAAUCAUAUUGCAAAGGAUGAUCUCCUUAACAAGGAUUUUUUGAAGUUAGAAGAUGAUAGUUCAACUAAAACACUUGGUAUUCAAUGGAAUGCAUCUUCAGAUACUUUUUCGUUUUCAAUAACUCCUGAAAGUUUUUCAUCAUCAUCUGUUACAAAACGCUCGGUUUUAUCAACUAUUGCGAAGUUGUAUGAUCCUGCGGGUUGGCUUGCUCCUAUCAUUAUAACAGCAAAAAUUUUGAUGCAGCAAAUAUGGAAGGACCAAACCGGGUGGGAUGAAAAUUUGUCGUAUCUAUCAGAGCAAUGCUGGAAAUCGUUUUUGAGUGAGUUUGCUGACAUCCAAGAAAUAUCUAUUCCUCGGUGGAUUGAUUUCUCCCCUUGGAAAUCUUUACAAUUGCAUGGAUUUUCCGAUGCUUCGGAAAAAGCUUAUGCUGCCACAAUUUAUAUCCGAGUUUAUCAACCCUCUUCAAAACCUUCUUCGCACCUGUUAUGGGCGAAAUCCAAAGUUGCACCCGUUAACACAAUUUCACUUCCUCGUCUAGAGCUCCAAGGUGCAGUCCUUUUGUCUCGAAUGAUCAAACAGAUUCUUAAUGAGUUUGAUGUUCUUAACGGUAUUCCUAUAAAAUUGUGGACAGAUUCAACGAUUGUUUUAUCUUGGCUCGACAAGUCACCCAGUACUUGGAAAACUUAUAUAGCCAACCGAGCCUCAGAAAUCCUAUCUAACGUUAAUAAUUUGAAGUGGAAUCAUGUUUCUUCCCCUGAAAAUCCAGCCGAUCUGGCUACCCGUGGUGUUUCACCAAAAGAUUUACAAUCAUGUCAACUCUGGUGGAAUGGACCUGCCUGGUUAGUGGAACAAGAAGAAAACUGGCCCUCCCAUGAAGAACUUAAUCCCUCAGACGAAUUCAUUCCUGAACGGAAACCCAUUCAAGCCAAUGUAGCCUUGGUAUCCAGUGAAAUCGAAAGUGAAAUCUUGUGUCGGUUUUCCUCCUGGGACAAGGCCGUUAGAGUACUAAGUUAUAUAUUUCGGUUCUAUAAUUCAGCUCGAAAAUUACCAAUUCGAAGUAAAUAUAUUUCGACUGUUCUUCUUCAUGAGGAAAUCAAAUCCACUAAAUUAGAAAUUAUAAAGCUUACCCAAAAGCAAUAUUUUUCUGAAGAAUAUGAAGCUUUAGUUCAUGGAACCAAAUUAAAGCCGCGAAGUAGCCUCCUCACUCUCAAUCCAAUUUUAGACACUUCUCAAAUUAUGCGGUCUCAUGGGAGACUUGCAUCUUCAACGUUAUCAUAUAACGAACGAUUUCCUAUCAUCCUUCCAUAUCAAUCUCACUUAUCAACGCUUUUAAUAGCUUAUAUUCAUAAGUUAACAUUACAUGGGGAAAUUCAACUCAUGAUUCGUAUAGUGCGAUCUGAAUAUUGGAUACCUAAAUUAAAAACCCUCAUCAAAAAAUGUAUUCGUACCUGUAAGCCUUGUAUUUUAUAUAAACAAUCUGUACAAUCCCAAAUAAUGGGUGCGCUACCUGUUGAAAGAACACUUUUAAGCUUACCUUUUACUAAUAUAGGUAUAGAUUUUGCUGGCCCUUUUACCAUUAGAAAUUAUUAUGGCAGAAAGUGUCGACUAGAAAAAGGUUAUGCCUGCUUAUUUGUCUGUUUCGCCACAAAGGCGAUACACUUGGAAGCCGUUAGCGAUCUUUCUACCCCAGCUUUUCUUGCAUCAUUCACUCGCUUUGUUGCGCGUAGGGGGUUCCCAGCAAAAGUAUAUACUGAUAAUGGGACCAACUUUGUUGGUGCUUCAAAAUUAUUAAUGGCAGACUUUCAACAAGCUCUUAAUAGUUACCCUGGAAGCUCAUCAUAUAAUUUUUCACAAAUUAGUUGGAACUUUAUACCCCCUGGUUCCCCCCACAUGGGUGGUUUGUGGGAAGCCGGAGUAAAAAGCUUCAAAAUCCAUUUCAAGAAAAUUGCUGGAAACUCCAAGUAUACUUUUGAGGAAUUCUCCACUCUCCUGGCUCGAAUCGAGUCAUGUCUUAACUCUCGACCUUUGUCUAGUAUGUCUAAUAAUCCGGAUGAUUUACUUCCAUUAACUCCGGGACAUUUUUUAAGAGGUGGUCCCUUACUCAGUCCUCCAGAGCCGUCAGAAGCUCAUAAAGAUAUAAGUUUCAUACGUAGAUGGAACACUCUUAAAAUUAUACAUCAUCAAUUCAGCAUACGUUGGAAGGAAGAGUACUUAAAGGAACUCUUAAAACGCUACAAAUGGAAAUAUCCUAAACAAGAUAUGGAAGUUGGCGAUCUAGUUGUUCUUAGACACGAACAACUUCCACCGAAUGAGUGGCGACUUGGUAGGGUCAUAAAGGUCCAUCGUGGUCCUGAUAGUAAAGUCCGAGUUGCGGAUGUCAAAACUCAGAAUGGAGUUGUGACUCGUUCAAUCGUCAAGUUGUGCGUUCUACCUUUCGAUUGA